CUCUGUCUCAUUAGCGCGCAUUACUGCGCAACUGCGCAUGCGCACAGUCGUGACUGACCGCGCACUUGAGACGUUUGAAACUUCUCGCCGGUGGUUAGCGCAGCACUUCUUCAUACAGCUAACGCAAUCAUGGAGCUCAAUGAUGGAAAUCUCCAAACCCUGACUGAGUAUCUGCAGAAAACACUAAUCCCUGACCCAGCUGUGAGACGGCCAGCUGAGAAAUUUCUGGAAUCAGUGGAGGGAAACCAGAACUACCCCAUUUUACUGCUCACAGUACUAGAGAAGUCCCAAGAUGAGGUCAUUCGCGUGUGUGCAGCAGUCACCUUCAAGAACUACAUCAAGAGGAACUGGCGCAUAGUUGAGGAUGAACCAAACAAAAUCUCUGAUCCUGACCGGACUGCUAUCAAAGCCAACAUUGUAAAUUUGAUGCUAACCAGCCCAGAGCAAAUACAAAAACAGCUGAGUGAUGCGAUCAGCAUCAUCGGGCGAGAGGAUUUCCCUCAGAAAUGGCCAGAUCUCCUGACCGAGAUGGUGACUCGUUUUCAGAGCGGGGACUUCCACAUCAUCAAUGGAGUUCUUCGCACGGCACACUCCCUUUUUAAAAGAUACCGCCAUGAGUUUAAGUCCAAUGAGCUGUGGUCAGAGAUCAAGCUGGUACUGGACACUUUUGCACAGCCUCUCACUGAACUCUUCAAGGCUACGAUUGAUUUGUGUCAAACUCAUGCAACAGAUGUCAACGCCCUGAAAGUGCUCUUCUCUUCCCUAACACUUAUUUCAAAACUUUUCUACAGCCUUAACUUCCAGGAUCUCCCAGAGUUCUUUGAGGAUAACAUGGAGACUUGGAUGACAAAUUUUCAUAACUUAUUGACUUUGGAUAACAAGUUGUUGCAAACAGAUGAUGAGGAGGAGGCUGGUCUGUUGGAGCUGUUGAAAUCCCAAAUCUGUGAUAACGCAGCACUUUACGCUCAAAAAUAUGAUGAAGAGUUCCAGCCUUACUUACCUCGCUUUGUCACAGCUAUCUGGAACCUGCUGGUCACAACUGGACAGGAGGUUAAAUAUGACUUGCUUGUUAGCAAUGCUAUCCAGUUUUUGGCAUCAGUGUGUGAGCGGCCGCACUAUAAGCAUCUCUUUGAAGACCAGAAUGUUCUUACCAGCAUCUGUGAGAAGGUCAUCGUACCCAACAUGGAGUUUAGAAGUGCAGAUGAAGAGGCUUUUGAAGAUAACGCAGAGGAGUACAUCAUCAGAGACCUUGAAGGCUCAGACAUCGACACGAGGCGUAGAGCAGCCUGUGAUUUGGUGCGAGGCCUCUGUAAGUUCUUCGAGGGCCCGGUGACGGGCAUCUUCUCUGGCUAUGUGAACUCCAUGCUGACAGAAUAUGCCAAGAACCCCGGGGUGAACUGGAAACACAAAGAUGCUGCUAUCUACCUGGUCACAUCUCUGGCCUCCAAAGCUCAGACGCAAAAGCAUGGAAUAACACAAGCCAAUGAGUUGGUGAACCUGUGUGAAUUCUUCGUCAACCACAUUCUAGUAGACCUGAAAUCUCCCAAUGUGAACGAGUUCCCAGUUUUGAAAGCAGAUGCCAUCAAGUAUGUUAUGACCUUCAGAAGUCAACUCCCUAAAGAGCAGCUGUUGGAGGCUGUUCCUCUCCUGGUGGCUCACCUGCAGACAGAAAGCAUCGUUCAGCACACAUAUGCAGCACAUUCACUCGAGAGAAUCUUCACCAUGAGAGGAGCCAACAACGCCACUCUCAUUACUCCUGCUGAAAUGGCACCAUUCACAGAACAGUUACUCAACAAUCUGUUCAAAGCUUUAGCAAUCCCUGGCUCAUCUGAGAAUGAAUAUAUAAUGAAAGCCAUCAUGAGGAGUUUCUCCCUCUUACAGGAUGCCAUUGUGCCCUACAUCCCCACUCUCAUUGGCCAACUCACUCAUAAGCUCCUCCUCGUCAGCAAGAAUCCCAGUAAGCCGCAUUUCAACCAUUACCUGUUCGAGUCACUGUGCCUGUCCAUCAGGAUCACCUGCAAGGCCAAUCGGGACACUGUGGGCAGCUUUGAAGAGGCCCUGUUUCCUGUGUUUACCGAGAUCCUCCAGAAUGAUGUGCAGGAGUUUGUGCCUUACGUCUUCCAGGUGAUGUCUCUGCUGCUGGAGAUCCACACCAGCUCCAUCCCCUCCUCCUACAUGGCCCUGUUUCCUCACCUGCUGCAGCCCGCGCUGUGGGAACGCACAGGAAACAUCCCUCCUCUCGUCCGGCUGCUGCAGGCCUAUCUGGAGAAAGGAGCCACCACCAUCGCCAGCACAGCGGCUGACAAGAUUCCUGGUCUUCUUGGAGUAUUCCAGAAGCUCAUUGCAUCCAAGGCUAAUGACCAUCAAGGCUUCUAUCUGCUCAACAGUAUAGUGGAGCAAAUGCCUCCAGAUUCCAUCACCCAGUACAGGAAGCAGAUCUUUAUUCUGCUUUUCCAGAGGCUUCAGAGCUCUAAGACCACAAAAUUUGUAAAGAGUUUUCUAGUCUUUAUCAACCUUUAUUGUGUGAAAUAUGGAGCAAUUGCAUUGCAGGAGAUAUUUGAUGGCAUCCAGCCAAAGAUGUUUGGCAUGGUCGUGGAGAAAUGUCCUCAAUCUGCCAACCCACGAUACAAGGAGCACAUUUCGAAGACCCUCACCCCCGUCUCUUUAUUUGUCAUGGAGUCUAACAAGAUAACGACCCCUUUGUUGCAGGCUCUGAUUGGUCUGUUUGAGUUACCAGAAGACGACAGCAUCCCAGACGAUGAGCAUUUCAUAGACAUAGAGGACACUCCAGGAUACCAGACGGCUUUCUCACAGCUUGCUUUUGCAGGGAAGAAAGAGCAUGACCCCAUCGGAGAUGCUGUCAACAAUCCCAAAAUCCUCCUAGCUCAGUCCUUACACAAACUCUCCACCGCCUGUCCUGGAAGGGUGCCCUCAAUGUUGAGCACCAGUCUGCCAGCAGAAGCUCUUCAGUUCCUGCACGGUUACCUUCAGGCUGCCGCUGUACAGCUGGUGUAGCCACACGCCCAGACUCCUUAUCGCCCAGAAAGGUGACCUCUGAUGCUCUCAAGACACCUAAACUGAUCCAACCAAUAAAGAGACGACCAGUGGACUCAACAUGAGUGGAGACGCACCGCCCAGUGAUACAUGGCCAGACAGAAGGGAUUUUUAAGGGAUUGUUUUAAUGAAUUAUGUGUGAUGAAUGGGAAAGUGCUUGGGUAGAGGGGUGCUGAUCAUCUCACUGGGUGGCCUCUGCCGGUGUUGGCUUUUCUCAUGUAUUAUUUGGAGUCCAUUCAAUAUGUUCUCUUAUUGUUUAGUUUUGCGUCUUGCCCAACCAUUCAUUCGGCAGUAUUUUGAAAUGUCGCCUUUUACAAACAUUGAACAGCACUUGGGAGUUGGCUGACAUUUGAUGGCAUCUUUAAAAUCAAUGGGGAAAGCGUUUUCCAUUUGUUCUCUUUCCUGUAGUUUUGGAGGUGUUUUUACUGUAUAAACGAGUUGUUUUGCAAAGCAGAAAAAGUUGUCAUGUCUCGUUGCAUGUCAUUCACCAUGUUUUGUCUUCACGUAUUAGUUUUGCUGCUCUAGUUAAUAAAUAAAAUGACGCACUUG